AGCAGAUCUGCGAUGGAGUGAGUGAGAGAAGAGGAAGAUAUAGAAUAAAGAAAGAGUAAUUCAUGGGUUCUCAACUCUCUCUCUCCGAGUCCGAAAGUCAGACAAAAGAGAUGGGGCUCUUUGGUCUGAACCUUACCGUUUCUUCUUCUUCUUCUUCUUCUUGCAAUGUUUCUCCUUUACUUUGUCCUUCCACUUCUACUACUACUACUACUAACCCACUUCCACGCUUCAACCUCCGAUUCCCAGUUCAUGGCGUGGGUUUCAGAGACAAGUGUAGAAGUAGAACAACUAGAUUUGCCAAGUCAAGGAUCGUUUUGUGCUCUGCCAAUGUUGGAGAAAAGCCUGAUGUUGUGAAGAAGAAAAGCGUUUCGGUGAUUCUUCUGGCUGGAGGAAAGGGAAAGCGAAUGGGUGCCAACAUGCCAAAGCAGUAUCUUCCGCUUUUAGGCCAACCAAUUGCAUUAUACAGCUUUUACACUUUCUCUGAACUGGAUGAAGUGAAGGAAAUUGUUGUGGUUUGUGAUCCCUCCUACCAGGAUAUCUUUGAAGAUACCAAAGAGAAGAUCCAUGUGGAACUUAAAUUCACAUUACCGGGGAAAGAAAGGCAAGAUUCCGUUUUCAGUGGACUUCAGGCAGUUGACUUGAGCUCUGAGCUUGUUUGUAUCCAUGAUUCUGCAAGACCUCUGGUAACAUCAGGAGAAGUUGGAAAGGUUCUUCAAGAUGGUUGGUUGCAUGGAGCAGCUGUGCUUGGUGUUCCUGCCAAAGCUACAAUCAAAGAGGCAAACAGUGAGUCUUUUGUGGUUAGAACUCUGGACAGGAAAACACUAUGGGAAAUGCAGACCCCCCAGGUUAUAAAACCUGAUUUGCUCAAAAAGGGUUUUGAGUUUGUAAAUAGAGAAGGUCUAGAAGUGACCGAUGAUGUAUCUAUUGUGGAGCACCUAGGACAUCCCGUGUAUAUUACGGAGGGCGCUUACACCAAUAUAAAGGUUACAACCCCGGAUGAUAUGUUACUUGCAGAGAGAAUAUUGAGCCUGAACAAUGUGAAGUCUCCUAAAUAACCUUGAUUUUGUUCUUUUGCCUUUAUUUUUUGUGAUCUUCUCAUUUCUCCGUUCUGCUAACCUUUGUAUUUGGGACAUUCUUUGGAACCACAAAAGAUUUCUGUGGAAUAUUUUUAACCUAAUAAGCCUUCUGCGGACAGCAAGAAAUGAUGUAAUAAAUACACUGAGGAAGGACGGCAAGAAAUGGUGAAAUAAAUACAAUGAG